GAAUAAGAGAGCCUGGGACGAGAGCCAAUACUACUAGUUACGGUGUGAGGAGAGCAGAGAAAAGUGUCCAUGGCGACAAUAGUACAGUGUCUUUCUUCCUGUGCGAGCCUCAAUUCCAAGUUCAAAGUCCUUUCUCUUAAGGGAGCUUCUUCGUCAUCAACUUCUUCCUUGUCCACUCGCCGUGGUGCUGUCUGCUCCUCCCUAAGCUUCUCUCAGAGCGUUUCUCAGUGUGUCGCAUUCUCCUCUGGGAAUCUAUGGGUACAGAAGAAUCCAUCGAGGCAAUUGAUUGUUUGUGAGGCUGCUCCGACGAAGAAAGCUGAUUCAGCUGCAAAGAGGGCUCGCCAAGCCGAGAAGAGGCGCGUUUACAACAAGUCUAAAAAAUCUGAAGCCCGUACUCGUAUGAAGAAGGUCUUGGAAGCACUCGAUGGGCUCAAGAAGAAACCAGACGCGCAAGCUGACGAGAUAGUCACCGUGGAGAAACUCAUCGGAGAGGCUUAUUCUGCUAUAGACAAAGCAGUGAAGGUUAGAGCGCUACACAAGAACACUGGUGCCCGAAGGAAGUCUCGUUUGGCUAGGAGGAAAAAGGCUGUUUUGAUCCACCACGGUUGGUACGUACCAGACUCAGUAGCAGCAGUAACAGAAGCUGUGACCAUGGCUGCGUAAGAAUAUGGACAGAGAAUGGAAAUUUGUUUUUGUUAUAAGAGAUCAUAUGGAACAAGAUGUGAAAAUUUGCUUUUAAAAUCAAAUCUGUUUCUUCAUGUAUAAUUCAUUUCGACUUCUGUUUCUUCUUCUGUACUGUUGAGUCUAAGCUUGUUGUCUUCUUCAUCUUUUGGCUUGGCCUUGACCUGGUUUAGUAAGAUCUCAGUUCUUGGCUCUGGCACCAUUCCUCUUGACAUCAUAUCUCGAUAAUAACUCAAUGCUUCUCUUAUCUUUCCCUUUGUGUGCAGACCAUGAACCAUAACAGUAUACGUUCUUUGAUCUGGUCCUAACCCACUUCUCUCCAUCUCAUUCCAUACCUCCCUUGCCUUCUCUUCAUCUCCCCAUUGCACAUACAACCUAAACACCAAAUUGUACAAGUCACUUGUCAUCUCACACAUGUUCUUCCUCACCCUCCCCAGAACCACCUCAACAUCUUCAGGCUUCUGCGAAUACUUUAGCAAAUAACCGAACGUCACAUCGUUAGGCGAACAACUACCUCCUUUCUCUUCCAUCUCCUCCACUAGCUCCCAAACUUUCUCUGUUCUCCUUAACUUGCAGAGAUGCUUCAAAAGCGAGUUAUAAGUCGCAACAUUGGGAGAACAACCUUUCUCACUCAUCUUCUUGAACACUCCAAAAGCCUCAGGGAUCCUCUUCUUGAAACACAAUGCAUCAAUAACGUUAUUACAGAUCUUAACAUCCGGGUCUCUCCCCGUUUCCCACAUUGCUCUAUAAAGCUCCAUAGCCUUUCCAACUUUCCCCUUCUUCGUCAACGCAUUAAUCAUCGUCCCAUAGCUGACAACAUCAGGCCUACAUUUAGAAGCAAUGAUAUCUUUCCAAAACCUCUUUGCUUCAUGAACAUUCCCCAAAACACACCACCCGUUGAGAAUAAUAUUCAUCACCUUUAUAUCACACCCAACAAACUCUCUUCCACGAGAACAAAACAAAGUCUCCGCAAACUCAACAUGCUUAUACCUACACAACCACUUCAAUAGCACAUAAAACGCAACCGAAUCAUCCUCUAUCCCAAACUCUCUCCUCCUCUCGAACACCUUCACAGCUUCAUCUACCUUAUGAGCAGCAGCGUAUCGGUUUAACAAGACUUCAUAAGUCUUUGCAUCUCUCUUAGGCAUUUCGUCGAACACUUGGUGGAACUCUUGAAACCGACGCAUUUUCCCAAGAACGUCGAGGAUCUCGUUGUACACUGAUGAGCUAGAGAGGUAAACAGACUGUUUACGGAUCAAUUGUGAAAGCGUGUAAGCUGGUUUCCAAUCAGACCGGUUCCGGUUCACCACUUCUAAAAUCAAUCCUUCGGUUAAGACAAUCCCACACUUGACGAGAAUCCGCUCGAUUUCUUCGGGUGAGCUUCCACGGUGGUUCUUUAGGACAUUGUGAACAUCGACAGAAGAUUGAUUGUCCUGUCCUAAGGAGUUUCUGUCGGGAGUUGCAAGAGAAUGUAGAAAGUGUGGAGAUUGGUUAACACCCAGGAAGCGAAACUGAGAGAGGGUGAUGUUUUUGUUGUUAUGAAUCGGUGUCUGCGGAGGAAAGAGACGGAGAGGAGUGGAGGAUGAUGUGGAAGAGGAGAUCCGGCGCGGGCAUAGAGCAUUGUGUAGCUGAGACAAGAUUUCAGUUUUGUAUUUCGCUCUCAUUUUCA